CCAUUCAGGGUGAUACAGGGAGUGAACUGUGCUGCUAUCUGUGGUAAUGCGUUACAAAAACUCCGAAACAAAAAUGUAUAUAUCGUCGCUCACCGUUGCAAAUCAUUUAAUGUUAAGAAACAACUGAAAUUAUGUGAGUUUAAUGAAAAUUGUAGGGCAUCAAUGUUAAAACUCCUUUUAGUAGGUUCAAGAAAACUCAAAAUUAACUUUUUUAAAUUCAAGGCAUGAAUGAGAAAUCUCAAAAUUACUGCUAGUGCAGGUCAGUUUAUCAUAUGACCUAUUCAACUCAUGGUGGCGAGAUGGCAGCUUAUCGUGAAGAAGAAGAUCCCUUUGAGGAAGAUAUUGUGUUUGACCAAGCUGGUCUUCUCAACAAUGCAUCUAAAAUGAAUACAGCUAUCAGAAGAGUAUCCAGUGGAAAGUGUGUGCUAUUUGCCAAAACUCUAGGACUGUGUGGUGCUUUCUUUGGCUUGGGUUUGUGCAUUGCCAUUCCUGGACCAACCUACCUGUCUCCAUCAAUGGAGUUAGAAAGCAGCUUAUCACCAAUUUAUGUAGUUCGUACAUCUGGUUAUGUUAUUGGAUCUAUUAUGGGUGGAGUCCUAUUUGAUAGAUUCAAUCGCCUUUUUUUACUUUUUCUUAGCCUGCUUCUCACUGCAGUAUUUAUAACAGUUACUCCUUGGUGCCAAUCUUUCUUGAUUCUGGAGUCCUGCAUGAUCAUUUUGGGCAUUACAAUGGGCUUUCUGGAUACAGGUGGGAACGUCUUGUGUCUGGAUCUUUGGGGUCGUAAUAGUGGUCCUUUUAUGCAGGCUCUGCAUUUUAGUUUUGGCCUGGGUGCUUUUGUAGCCCCGUUAUUGGCAGCACCAUUUUUGGAGUCAACGCUGGUCAACUCGACUUUAAGUACAGAAUUUGCACAUACAGUCACUGAAUUUCCCGUCCAUCUUGAAGAUUCAAAAAGUAUAUUUUAUCAUGAAGGAAGAUUUAGAAGAGAAGUUGAAUCCUUAAAAGGAUUUCCUGAUUUAGGCAGUGAUGAAAUUGUUAGAAAUGUUUCAAACACUUCAUUAUUUCCAGAUAAUACUGUGAAUGUGUCAGAUGUUACAAGCCCUCUUUCGUUUACUGAGAGCAGUACAUUUCCAUCUGAUAUUCAUUCCGAAAGUGUGUCUCUUUCUACUCAGAGCACAUCACCUAAACCUAAAGUACCCAAGCAUAAGCCAAAUAAGAUAGAUGCUAGUAAACUUGGAAAUAUAAAUUGGGAUAAAGUUCAUGUAGGUAUACCACCAGCAGCUGACUUGCUUCCUCUAACGACUACUUCUACACCUCCUCCAUCUCCACCACCUCUUAUGCAAUCAACUUCUCCAGUUACUACCAUAACAGAGGCUUCAAUAUUGUCUCCAUCUUAUACCUCUACCUCUGGAAAUACACCUUUUCCCUCUCCAACUUCAGCUUUCCCAGCAUCUUCUGUUGUGGUAGGUGGUACUUCUGUAAGUAAUCCUACUACUGGUAGUGAAAUAACAGGGGAACGUGCAGAAUUUAGCAGUAUUUCAAGCAAAGUAUCCAAUCCUUUUUCAGGAUCAACUGGAAAAAUUCCAUCCAGCAGUGUUGCUACUUCUGCAUUUCCACCUGUUAUCCAGUCUGUGAAAUCUUUGUCUUCUAUACAAUCAUUUAAAGAUUCAGAUCUUAAUGAGACACUCUAUAUUAUGCACAAUACUAAAAAUGGUAAUACUGAUGUACUUAAAGAAAUAAGUACAGAAAUGGGGACGUCAGAAAAUGAAGAUAGUCAAGUGUUACCUAAAAAGUAUGCUUUUUCACCAGUUCCCACUAGGGAGACAUCUGGCAGAUCCAAUACAAAUCUCAGCAGAAAAAAUGUGAUGGUUAGCUCAUUGCAAUGGAAGGCUGAUAAUAAAAAUAUUAGCUCAUUAGACUCUCAGCAGAGUUUAAAGGAGGGAAACACAAAUUCAGUAGAGCAUAAGGUGCCUGAAAUAAAUUUCCCUCAUUUUUCAUUAGAAAAAGCUGUUUUUUAUGAUGCUAAAGAGCCGCUUUCUGAUAAUGUGUAUUAUGAAAAUUCUACCCCUACUUCUACAUUAAAGAACACUUGGCUUAACUCAAAUGUGAAUGGAAGUAUGGAAGAUGGAAGAGUGCAUAGUGAUUCAUUUGCACUGAAACCCAGUGAUGAGAAUAUAGCAUUACGGAAAAGUGAAAUUGUGACAACACAGGAUUCUGUUCCAAUUCCCACAAAAUUGGAACAGGAGGAUGAUGUUUCUGCUAGUCCUGUGGGAGUCAUAAGUACGUUGGCAACCUCUGUACCAGCACAUCAUAUUCAUCAUAAACCAGGAACUUUUGAUAAUGAUACUGAACAUAUAAAUACUAUAUUUGAUAUAUUUGCUAACAGAAUAGAAAAAUAUGGAUUUAAUAAAAUUCAGUUCACCUACUUAAUAGUAGGUAUACUGGUUUUUUUAAUUUCUUUAGUAUUCCUUGGAUUUUUGUGCCAUAAUCCACGUGAUCCAAAAUCAAAACAAGAAGGACUAAGCGGAAAGAAAAUUACCAACAAAGUAGUGCACAAAUUGCUUGUUGCUUUAAUGGCAUUGUUCUUCUUUCUUUAUAUGGGUUUAGAAGUAACGUAUGGUCGAUUAGUUUUGACACCCAACAUUUUCAAUAGAUAUAAUAUACAUAGUAAUCUUCAGCUUUUCAUUGUGUUUUGGGGCUCAUUUGCUGCUAUGCGAUUUGCUUCUAUAUUUUUUGCUAGUGGCUUCAGUCCUUUAACAAUGCUUAUGCUCAACUUUGCAUUUUGCACUUCUGGAUCAAUCUUUGUUUCUUUCUUAGCAGAUCGUUUUGAAACUGCCUUGCGGGUGGGAACUGCUCUGAUAGGUAUAGGAUUAGCAUCAAUGUUUCCUACAGGUAUAUUAUGGAUUGAACGAUACAUACAUGUUUCAAAUAAAGUAGCUGCGGUUUUUGUAAUUGGAGUAGCAUUAGGAAAAUUAAUAUGUCCCAUUACUAUCUACAAGCUUAUGGACAUUGAACGUAUGCUUUUUAUGUAUGCUACUCUAGUCAUAAACAUAAUAUGUAUCUUUAUAUUUAUUUUACUGUGGUGGCUUGCAUCACGUCAAGGUGAAAAGUAUUCUGUAAUUAAUAAUAAUGGUUACCAAUUAGCCAACCAGCAUGAUGAAGAAGAAGAUAUGAUGGACAUGUCCCCUUCAGGGAGUGGUGUUAUGCCAAGACGCCAUUGCUUUUCCUCGGAGCACAGAGCACUUCUAAAUGGAAAUAUUCAUCGAGGGCCAUAGUGAAAUGGUUGGACAAAAUCUAUUUGAAGCACAGAACGUGUCGUUUAAGGACACCUGGUUUUUGGGUUUUCUUCUGUGAUAAAAGAAAUAUACAAAAUAUACAAGUCAUGAGAGUUGCUUGAGUGACACUUGUAAGAUGAAAGAAGAGAUCAAGUGAAUGACAUUCUGCAAUAGUAAUUUAUUGACUAGAGUGAUACCAGUACUCAAAUAUAAAUUUGCAACUAUCUUGGUUUAAGAAUUUCAUUAGUUAUGCCAUUUUGUUUGUGUUAUAUUGGCACUUAGAAUUUGAGAGUACAUCUCAGGAAUAGCUAAGAAUUGUAUGGGUGGUAAUUUUCAUCAAUAGUUUUGAGAAUUUUGUUUUUUUACUUUUAGUUUUUACAGAUUAUAUUUGUUUUUUAGAAUGUGAAUGAGACAAAUGUUUCGAAAUGUUAAGAAAUGAAACAUUCCUUGGUGGAAUUAAAAUGUAUCCAAAAUAGCUUUAUCUCUUGUAGAACCUGAUUUAUUAUUUAUUGACUGAUAAUUUAAAUGUAUGGAUGUUUUGUAACCAACGUGAUCAUAUGUGAAAAACAAACAUGUUUUUGUAUGGGAUAUAUGUAUAUUUAUGUAAACUUUAUAUACAGUAAAACCCCACUUUCACAUUACACAAUGAAAUUUACGCUUUCCUGCUGUUUAUGCUGAUUUUCACAAGUCCCUUGAAUUGCCCUAUGUUCGUGAUGUGAAAUUUUCCUGACUUUUUCACUUCAGACUUAAAAUUUCCCACCUUUUACACUUUCCUCCAUGGCAGUGUAAACUCAAAGAAGAAUAGGAUUGCAAAUGAUCUGUUUUGUUUAUUUUCUCCGAGCUCUAAAAAUAGAUGAACUUUUGAUCAGAGAAAAUCAGAAUUACUCAAUAUUAUCCUGAGCUAGGUGUUACCAUUUUAAAUUCUAUUUUGGAAAUUAGGGGCAAAUUAUUGUGUUGCCAACUGCAUACAUUUUAGAAAUGUUUCACAUAUUUGUGACAUGUUGCCUGUAAUAUGGAACUAUAAAAUGCAAACUCAACUUCUAAUAUGUGGUUAGUAAUAAUGCAAUCAGUCUCUCUCAAGCAUGUGUACUUAGUAGGUACUAUGGUUUUUAUUUUCUUUGCAAUUUCAAUAAAUUGUUGUUUUUUUUGUGUGUGUGUGUAAAGUUUUAAAAACCUAGUGUUAAUU